GUCUUAGUGGCCGGGGCUGGGUUUGGUGAGGGGAAGUUAGUAAUGGGUGAGUCCGCAGGUUUAGGGUUGAGGUCAAAUGUUGUCUUUCUUUGGGUGUGAUGGAGCUAAAGAAAGAAUGUGGUAUUCUUGUUGCUUAAGGUUGUUUUGUCUGCAAUUUUUUGCUGCUUGGACUCGCCUGCUACUUGACUAACCGCAUAUGCUUUUCAACUUAGUUCAAGAACUCUCCCAUCUAAUUCAUGGAACGAUAGCUUUUUUGGUAAAAAUAUAUUUUUCUUGUUGUGGCUUCCAUGCUUUUCUUACCAUUUGUUUUCCCCCUUUUUAUAUAGAUCUUAAGGUUUCUGCUUGGUUUAUAAUGAACACAGUGGCAUCAUGGAGCGUGAUUUCUAGUGCAUGAAGUUAAGUUGUGGCUGUACAAAUUUUCUGCUUGUUGAAUAUUAUAGGCUUGGGUCAAGAUUGGAGAAUAUCUAUAUAUGAAGGAAUUUCCAAAGAGUCGCAGUGAGGAGUAUCUUAAAACUAAGACCAAGAGGCUAUUGAAGCUCACAAUUCUCAUAGAUUUGGACAUGUUUCAAUUAGAAAGUAGAAAUAAGAGUCACCGCUGGAAUUUAAGCUAUUUCUUCUAUGUCCGGGAAUGAAAUUACUGGUAUCCACAACUUCUUUGAAGAAAACAGCAGUCAUCAAUCUUCUUCUUAUAUUGGUAGCAGGUUCAGGCCAUAUCAUUUCCAGCAUCAAUCCAUGGAUUGGUACCCGGGCAAUGACUAAAGUGACUCAAUCUUCUUAUAUUGGUAGCUGACACUUCCGGGCCUUCGUAAUUAUUUAGUUUAUGUUUUUGUUCAUGAAAACCAUUUUGCCAAGAUUCUGAUCAAGGAAAUGUUAGGCUACCCUUUCAGACACCUUUUGGCAUAGGAUCUCAGUUCAGUCUGAAACAACAUUUCAAUAAAAGCCAAGGCAAAAUCCAACAAUUAAACUUGAAUGACUUGAUGCAUGUUUCAACAGCUCUACAGGGAAGGUCUGGUCAGGGGAAAUUUCAGCGAGAAGGUGCAAUUCCUGAUAAUCUUAGUUUAAUGCAGAGAGGCUUAGCUAAUUUUGGAUCUCAAGAGGGAAAUUCUCCUGGCUAUGUUUCUGGCUUUCCUGGAAGUUUGGAAAAACCAGAUGUAACAGCAUCCCCAGUUAGUUUUGACUUUCUUGGUGGUCAUCAGCAGCUUGGUGGCCAACAUUCUGGAAUGUCGCAGCCUCACCAAAUGCAUCAGCAAGGCCCUAAUGACACGCAAUGGAAGCAGCACCUGAUUGCCAUGCAGAUGCAAGAAAUUCAACGGCAGCAACAGUUUCAGCAGCUGCAUUUAGGAGCAAGGCAGCACAAUCCUUUUAACCAGAUGUUUGGUGCAACUGGACAGGGUGCUGCUGAUGAGUUGCCAGGUAUGCUGAGUGGCAUGCCUGUUGCAAAUGCAGUCAACUACAUGCCAGCUGACCUCAUGGGGUCUCAAUCAAAGUCAACAAAUAAUUCUCAUUUGUUUAUUGCUGGAAACAUGAAUUGGGCACAGCGCAGCAUACCCAUGAUGCAAGGUAUUCCAAAUGGGCUUAUAUAUUCACAGGACCAAGGUCAGUUGAUGCAUUCCAUGGGAUUUGUUCCUCGGACUUUAGAUCAAUCUUUGCAUGGAACUCCUGUUUCAGGUAAUAUGGGAUCUCUGAAUCAUUACUUCCAGUUACAAGGUAUGCCAAAUGAUAGCACAUCAGUUGACUUGAUGUCAAAAUUAGGUGAGAAUCAUGCAGAAAGGACAUCAGUGCAAUCAUCUGGACUUAAUGACUUCCACAAUGAUCAGCGUCCCAUCUCAAAUGAAGGUUACUCAGGUGCUAGUUUUGUUGGGGGAAGGCAGGGAGCUCAAGAAAAAACUCUGUUUGGUAAUGCUUUAGUCCAAGGUGCUGACAGUGGUUCUGUUUCGGGAAGCAUUCAUCAAUCAAAUCAUUUGUCAGAAAGGGUUCAAGUUCAAGAAUUUCAGGACGGAAGGGCGCAAACUGAUUGGUUAGGUAAGUCUCAUAACAGCAUCACAGCACAAGUUGCCCCUUCUCACAUGGCGACUAGUCUAGAUCCAACUGAAGAAAAAAUCCUGUUUGGUGUUGAUGACAAUGCCAAUUGGGAUGCUCCUCUUGGGGUGAGUAGUAGCAAAGUUGCAGGAACUUAUCUGAAUGGAUAUCCCAUGCAGAAUAAUGACUGCCUCAAUGUAUUUCCCUCACUUCAGAGUGGUACUUGGAGUGCUUUAGUGCAGGAGGCAUUAGAAGUGUCCAGCAGUGACACAGGUCAACAGGAGGAGUGGAGUGGAUUGAGUCUCCAGAAAGUAGAACCACAGGCAGGAAAUCAUUUGGUUUUGUUGAGUGAUAAUGACAAGCAGAAUGUUGCAAGAGAUGCUGAAAACAACCUGCAUGAUACACUACGAUCAAAGCAUUUUCCAUUGUUAAAUGAUACUACAGCCAGACAUUGCUUAAAUUCUGUACCUAGUUCUCAGCAACCUAUCAAGUACUCAUAUGAACAAAAUGAAAGGUUAGAAACUGAUCAUUCUAUUCGAUCUGUUCAGCAGUUAUCCAAGAAAACAAGUGAUGCACAAUUUGCCCAGAAUUAUCAGCCGUACAACUUCAUUGGGAAUAGUUUUCAAGAAAGACAACGGCAGUUGAAUGCUUCUAAUGAUGUUUGGGUUGUCCAGGAGCACCAGCAAGCAAUGCAACAGAUGGAUUCUUCAGAAAUGGGAUCAAAUUCUCAGGGAAUUCAGCAUUCUUGGAUCCAACAACAGAAAAUGCCUUUUUACAAUAUGAAUAGCCAGUUGGGUAACAAAAUAAGCAGUUGGGGCAUCGAAUCACCAUCUUCUAGUGGAAGUCGUAAUUUUAAAAAUGAUGAUAACGGUGACCUGAAUCAAUAUGCUCGAAGCAAUGACAUAAACACUACAAUGAACAUUGAAAUGGGUCAUGCUAGAAACUUGGGAAUGUUUGGUGAAAGUAAGGAUGCUGUGUCCCUGAGUUCAGUUGGAGGGCCAGAAUCGGUUAAAUCUGAAACUAAUAACCAAAAGAUGGCUCGUGAACAUUCCUAUGUUGCUAACUUAGCUGAUUUUAUGAAUCCCAGCACUUUUAGAUCAAACACGGUAAUAAAUCAACAGCUGCAAAAUAGACAGACAGGGCAUCCUUUUAAACAUAUUGCUGGCCCUUUGUUCAUGAAAGAUAAAGAAGCAAAUCAAGUUAAUGACCAGAAGCAGCUAAGUGCAUGUACACAAGACUGGGAUCCAACUCCAGGUCACACCAAUAAAGAAUCAGGUGAAGCACAUGGCCAUGCUUUUAGCCACUUGAACACUAGUCAUGAAACUGGUGAUGGACGAAAUGAGAAUGAGAGAGAUGAUUCUUUGUUAGCUCGAAGUGACCAUUUGCAUUUGAUCAGUGGUGGCCAAAAAUUCUCUGAUCAAUCUGAUCGAAAAUCUUUGGGUUCCCAGAGGUUUCAAUUUCAUCCCAUGGGAAAUCUGGAGAUAAACGUGGAAACAGCUAAUCAAGAAAGCCACAAAUCACAGUCUCAAGGUCCUGCUCAUCCUAUGAUGUGGGGAUUGAAAAAUCAAGAGAAAGAAAAUUUUGGAAACUCUCAGUUAGUUGGUCAUGUUGCCUCAACUAAUUCAACUGACAUUGGAAAGGAUUGCUUUAUUGAUCCCAAAAAAAAUUCAACUUUAGCAGAAUCACCACAUACAGGCACAUUUUCUGGGCAUAAUCCAGCUAUACAAUCUUUCAGCGCAACAACGGCUCGCUUCUCCCAAGAAAAGAGGAUUGGUCUUCCUAGUCAAAAUGUUCAUAUGCUUUUUGACAAGUCGGAUCAAUCAGAUGAUUGUAGUAGUACUGCCAAACAGAACAAUUUUGAAAACAAUUCAUCGUCUGGUAUGCCCGAGGGAGUUGCUUCUGAUGGGCCAAUAUCUCAUGUGCAACGUAUACAAGCAAAUCACCUACACGGCAUUGGUUUAAAACUGGCUCAUCCACCUCAGAGGCAGUCCGUGGUAGGCAAUCCCUUGCUCAUGCGUGCACCAGCUGAAGGUACUCCUCAAACAUGGUCGUCAUCCCCCAGUUCAUCUGUAUCUUUGCCAACCAUUCAUGAAACUAAUCGAAGAGAAAACUUGGAUUAUAAAACAAGUAUGUCUCCUCAGAACAUGAAAGAUGCCUUGUAUUCAAAUACCAAAGGGAACUCAUUGGGGAUGAUAACUAACAUAAGAAAUCAGCCUGUAGUUCAGCAACAGCAGCUGCAGCAGCAGAGCAUUUCAUAUGCUUCUAGACAGGCACAGUUUGACCUGUCUGUGAAUCAAUCGUUUGGAAGCAAAGUGAAUGCUGAUGGCCAUCCUAAACAUAUUCAUCUUCCACAGCCACAGGACCCUCAUGAUAGAUCUCUAGCUAAUCAAACUUCUCAAGCAUUGUUUCCAGGCAUGCCUGGUAAAGUUUCUGCUUCUAGAUUUGCUUCCUUUCCUGACAAUGGUUCACCCUUACCUUCACAUUUAUACUCCCAACAAAGCGGAGAUUCUGAUAUGAUAAAUGCUAGCUCCGAUAGAAGAAAUGUGAACCAACUGCUCCAAGUCGUAGAAACUGUGUCAGCCAAUCUUCCUUCUGCUGCAUCAGUUGAAUCGCAGCAAGGUCACUUUUCUAACUUUUUCAAUAAUGCAUGGAGAAAUGCAGCCACUCAGCGACCUUCUGGAUUACAGUCUCAGAAGAUUCCUUCAAAUUUACUUCAGUCAUUGAAUCCUUUAAGGCCCCCACAUCAAGAUGAUCAAUGUGCAAAUAUGGGAGGAAAUGCUUCAUCUGAGGUAGGGGCUUGCUCUUUCAAUUCACAGCAAUUUACCUAUGGAGAAGAAAAUCCACUAAAAGGUACAAAUUCGGAGCAAAACCACGCAAUGGGUGUGGAUCUAUCUCCUAAAGUGGCCAAUACAUCUGAGGUGCAGGAGCAAGAGUCCAAAAAUAUCUCAAAUAAAAGUUCUGCUGUUUCUAUUUGCUCUUCGGAUGGUUUUAAUCAGCAAGACGAUAAAAAGGGAAGGGAAAAAGUGACCUUUCCAACUGUUUUGCCUUCCAGUAAUGAUGUUCAAACACAUAGUUACUCUUUGCUGCAGCAAAUGCAAGCCAUGAAGGGAACGGACUCUGAUCAAAGUAAAAUAGUUAAUAUGAGGCUUAAAGGAUCCGAAUCUGCUUGCAGAGGAUCAGAUGCAGGUGCACAACCUAGUGAUAUGAAAAUUUUAAGCUUUUCUUCCAGGGAGAUUGAAGAGAGAAGUGGCAAUUCAUCUAACCACCUUGUUAUUGGAGAGUUGGCAUCUCGCAAGCCAACUUCCUCUACUGUGCUGCCUGAACUACAGAACGGUUCGCUGAGUAGUUCUGUGCUUAAUCUUACUGGAACGAAUGCGCGACACCUGGUUAAUCCUCAAAUGGUUCCAUCAUGGUUUGAGCAAUACGGAAACUAUAAGGACUGUCAGACUUCAGGAUUGUCCGACAGCCUUGGAAGUUCUCAGAGGAGCACCAAAGCUGGUGCUCAGCAUUACUUUUAUGCAAAAGCUUCUGAACAAAUGGAUAAUGAUGCCAUGAUGAAAAGGAGAUGUGAUAGUAUCUCAGAGAAUUCAUCGCCUUCUGCUGUGGCUGCAGAUUCUCAUUCAUCUCCUCAUCUAAAAGUGCCAGAUGAAAGUUUGGUUUUGGUGAGAAAGAAACGAAAAAUUGCCUCAUCGGAUCUGCAUUCAUGGCACAAGGAGGUUACUCAAAAUUCACGAAGCUUGCAAAGCUUCAGCUUGGCUAAGAUGGAAUGGGCUCAGGCUACCAAUAGGCUGAUUGAGAAGAUUGAAGAUGAUGUUGAAGCUAUGGAUGAUGUUACAUCAAUAACUCGGCCGAAGAGGAGGCUCGUCUUGACCACUCAGCUGAUACAACAACUCUUUCCUCCUGUACCUGCCAAAUUUCUUUUCCAGGAUUCUGUGAUGUCCUAUGAGAAGGUGAUUUAUUACCUUACUAGACUAACACUUGGAGAAGCAUGCAGCCUGAUCUCAGUAUUGGGAAAUGAUUCAGGAUUGCAGUUAGAAAGUAGGAACACUAUACCGGAAAAAAAUGAUACACCCAAGAAGAAGCGAGAAGAAUUUUUCCUAAAUAUUGUGGAUAAUUUCAUUUUGAGGUUACGGAGGCUCCAGAGUAAUUUUUUGAGGUUGGAAGGUGGUUCCACAGUCGUUGAUUUUAGAAUGGAAUGUCAAGAUGUGGAGAGAGGUUCUAUUAUAAACCGGUUUGCAAAAUUCCAUGGUCGUGGUCCUGUGGAUGGGAUUGAUGGCUCAUCUGCCUCAGAAACUACACCCCGUCGAUCAUUUCCGCAGAGAAAUGUGUCUGUGUUACCAAUGCCAAGAAAUCUUCCUGAUGGGGUGAUAUGCCUUUCACUCUGAAUUUGUCAAGUGAUUCUACUUCUAUUGUAGUUGCAAUCACCAGAUUUAGCCCUCCCCGUGCUAUGUUGUAGUACGUGAUAAUUCUGCAAGCAAAACAUUUGCCAAAUGCUGGUCGGGGAGUACUAAUUGCAUCUUCUUUACUGGGAAAAAGCCUGAGGCAACCUCGUGGAAGAGCUUUCAUCCUUCGGUGCCUUUAUAUCCUCUUUUUUGCCCCAAGUACAGGUUCCUCGUGUAAAUUCUGCCCCAACACCAAAAAAAAAAAAAAAAAUCUAUGCUUCCAUAUCAUUUUUCACAAAAUGGAGAGGAGGGCUUUUAGCAUAUAUUCUUUUGUUUUUAUGAGAAAUGAUCAAGAUAUUCAGGUUGUAGCCUAAAUGAACAGAUUCCCUAUGGGCUUUUCAGCAUCUGGUUCUGGUAACUAGUUAGGAAAUAUCAAAUAUGUUCUUCUUGAGAUGAUGCUUCUCUUCUGUCUUAUGGGGGUUUUUUUUUGUGAAAAAAUGUGCAGAUGUGUGCAGGCAAAAGGGACUUUUUCAAAAUCUAGGUUUUUUCACCCUCGACCGUUAACUUUCCUUUUUAUAUAGAGGAUAAUAUUCGGUCAGUUCAUUGUUGUUGCAGUUCAAAUUUGUACCCAGAAAGCAAUGGAAUAUUAUCAUAUAAAUUGUCUUUUGCCUUUUGAACGUUUCAUUGCCAAAGGACAAAAGUAUUAAUUAUUGAAAGUC